GGGGAACCAAACGUCCUGGAAAAUCUUCUCUAAGAAAAAGGAGAACAAAAAAAAGCACAAUAUUGGGCGAAAUGCGUUGAACUUGUAAGCAAGUGUAGAAGAGGCCGUAAAUUCUCGCUGUCACUUCCAGUCUUCCGCUUCACGCCACCACAGCCACCACAGCCACCACCGCCUUCCCCAAUUCCAUCCUCUCUUUUUCUCUCUCUUUAACAAUGGCAGUCAUAACCAAAGAACCCAGCCACCCACCACCAACCACCGAGAGCAACCCUAUCUCCACCAAUGGCGACGCCGGAGACGAGCCAGAAGCAGAAGAAAACGACAACGAUGAAGAAGAAGACGUAGAUGAAGCUGACGAGGAGGAAGAGGAAUUCGAAUCUCCAGCGACGGAAGCAUCUAACAUCGGUAUAACUAAGGAAAAAAUGACGAAGUUCGCGAAUCGAUUGAGUUCCGAACCGAUUGCGCUAAGAGUUCACGAUGUGAUUAUCAAGGGGAAUAUCAAAACUAAGGAUUCUGUAAUUGAAGCAGAGAUUUUGAAUGACCUAAAACGAGCUUCUACGCUUCAGGAGAUCGUUCAAGCUACCGCAAUCGCUAAUGCAAAGCUUCGGCAGCUUGAUAUUUUCGAUUCGGUUAACUUUACCAUUGAUUCCGGCCCGAAAGAGUUGCCGGGUACUGCGAAUCUUGUUAUCGAGGUUACGGAGACGAAGAACCCUCUCACUGGUGAAAUUGGUUUGUUCACUAAGCCUGGGGCUAGAUCAUGGUCCCUCGAAGGAGGUUUGAAGCUGAAGAAUCUGUUGGGUUAUGCUGAUGUUUGGGACGGAUCUGUAUCUUAUGGAUGGGAUCAGACAACAGAGGUUAGUGCUGGGGUUGCACUUCCCAGAUUCAGACAUUUGCCUUCUCCUGUGUUUGCUCGAGCAUCUCUACUCUCUCAAGACUGGCUAAAGUUCUCCUCAUACAAAGAACAAGCAUUAGGCUUUGGUCUUGGUUUACUAUCUACUAGGAAUCACGAAUUGGUAUACAAUUUGACAUGGCGUACCUUGACAGAUCCAUCACAAACGGCUGGUGAAUCAGUAAGGAGACAGCUGGGGCAUAGUUUAUUGUCCUCACUGAAAUACACAUUUAAAAUUGAUAAGAGGAACUCAUCUUUGAGGCCUACUCGGGGAUAUGCUUUUAGUUUGACUACUUUAUUAGCCGGCCUUAAUCCGGAUAGUCGGAGUGCACGCUUCCUGCGGCAGGAGUGUGAUUUCCGUUACGCACUGCCAUUGGGAUUUUAUCACGCUGCACUUAAUCUUGGGGUCUCUGUUGGUCUUAUUUUUCCAUGGGGAAGGGGAUUCUUGGAUAGACCAUCAUCUCUGCCUGAUAGAUUCUUUCUGGGUGGCAAUACUUCACCAGUUUGUUCAUUGGGAGGGCCAAGUUCAGUGUUGGGAUUUAAGUGCCGAGGGCUUGGACCUACUGAACCACGGAGGCAAACUAGAGAUAAACCUGAUGGUGAUUCCGAAGUUGCUGCUUCUGAGAGGGAUGCUCUUGGUGGAGAUCUUGCUGUCUCUGCAUUUGCAGACCUUUCAUUCGAUCUUCCACUGAGAAUUCUCAAGGAAGCUGGGAUCCAUGCUCAUGUCUUUGCUUCAACUGGUAACCUUGUCAAAUUAACAGAGAAUGAGUGGCGCAAAUUUUCGCCCAAGAGUUUCAUGCAGUCAUUUCGAACUACUGUUGGAUGUGGGGUCAUUAUUCCCACAAAACUAUUCCGUAUGGAGGUUAAUUAUUGUCAUAUUGUGAGGCAGUUUGAGCAUGAUCAUGGAAAAACUGGUGUGCAGUUCAGCUUUUCUUCUCCAUUUUGAACAUCGGAAAGAAGUUGAGAUUCUUUUGGCAUUUCAAUAUUGUACAAACUUCCCUAACUUCUUUUUGCACCGUGAUUUUGACACUGAAAACUUGUCUUUAGACCGAGAAUGCAGUCGAGUGCUUUCUCCAAGCAGGGAAAUGAGAAAAAUUGUUGCAUUUUGUUAUAAAACUAAUUCAUGAAUAAAAGAAUGUUGCUAUGGAA